GUUCCUGUUAAACUUGUUAGAAAUCUAUAUGAUUCGCUGCUGUCACAAGCCAUUAUACUUUGUGUAAAUAAUUCGUUCUCGAACUACCCUGAACAUGUCUGAAGUACCCAUAGACGAAGAGAAACUACUCUAUUUCGAAGAACGCAACAAUGACCAGAAUGAAUCGAUAGUCUUCUUACAUGGUGGUGGAGGCAGUCAUGUCGAAUGGAAAUUGGUUGCUCCCCAGCAAUCACUGUCCUCUUAUCAUCUAAUCCUCGUCGACCUUCCGAUGCACUCUGGAUCUUGGGACAUCGGGCGCCCGUUGACACUCGCAUCAGCUGCUGAUGAAGUAUGCAAAGUCAUUCAAAAGCACACCCACGGCGGAAAAGCACAUAUUGUUGGCUUAUCCCUAGGUGGUUUCAUCGCUCUCGCUCUCACAUCUCGCCAUCCCGAUGUCGUGCUGUCGACGUUUGCAACAGGUGCUUACCCAUACAGAGGAAUGUUUAAGUGGUUCAUGGAGCACCCGAUGGCGAUGUCUAUUGUGAAUAGCAUACAGAGCAUUCCCGGUGUGCUUGAGGCAUCGUUGCGACGACAGGGAAUUGACUAUGAAGAAUGGCUUGCCGAAGCAAAGAAGAACCACUCCCCGGAGAGGUCCAAGGCGAUGAACAAAGAACUCAGUGCCUUCAGUAUGGAGGAUAUCAAAGCCGUUGCCGAUUCUGGAGUGAGAACUUGUGUUAUUUCGGGAGGAAAGAUGGAUCAGAUUGACCCUGUACGAGACAUGGGUGUUAUCCUGAGAGAGGGAGGGCAGAAGAAGGGAGUCAAGAAUGAGGCUGUCGUUGUGAGAAAUGCUUAUCAUCCUUGGCAUUUACAACUGCCAGAGUUGUUUGCUGCUGGAAUUGCUGCUUGGGUUCAGGAGAAAGAGUUGCCCGAAGAGUUUGAGAUCUUGUAGCCUAGUCAGAUCCAGGUACAGCUGUGAGAAGAGCAAGGACAACCUCUACAGGAUAACAGAAGUUCUUGAGGAGAUCACGAUUGUUCUAGCCAUGUUAUUGGAAAUUCCGUUUCGCAGUAAAUCCAGCGAGACAGGUGAU